UCCCCCGCAGCGACCUCGGGCUCUUUCCCGCCCCCGCCCGACCCCGGACCCGGGGUUCCGCCACGCACCGAGCCUCGCGCUCGAGUUCCCCGUAGGCGAGCGGGCGCCACCGACCCGAGCGUCCCUCCACGCGCCGUCUCUCGGCGGCCCAGGCCGUGCCGGGGAGCGCAGCCCCGGUUGCGGGCGGCGGAGGGCGGCCCGGGGCGGAGCGGGGGGCCUGCCCCGGGCGGUGGUGCGGGAUGCCGCCGCCGCCACCGCCGGGUUGCGUUGGUUCUCGGCGACCGGCGCGCGUGUCGGGUGGGUGUCCGGCCGCGGGCCUCGCCCCCCAGCCGCCUCGCCAGCGCUAGCCGGGCCGCGCUGCGCCCCGAGGGGGCCGGGCUGUGCGCGGGCUGCGGCCCUGCUCCGCACCGCGAGCCGCCGCCCCUCCGCCAGCUCCGAGGCGCCCCGCGGGCACCAUGCAGGCGCAGCAGCUGCCCUACGAGUUUUUCAGCGAGGAGAACGCGCCCAAGUGGCGGGGGCUGCUGGUGCCUGCGCUGAAAAAGGUUCAGGGGCAAGUUCAUCCUACCCUCGAGUCUAAUGAUGAUGCUCUUCAGUAUGUUGAAGAAUUAAUUUUGCAAUUAUUAAACAUGCUGUGCCAAGCUCAGCCCCGGAGUGCUUCAGAUGUGGAGGAACGCGUUCAAAAAAGUUUCCCUCAUCCAAUUGAUAAAUGGGCAAUAGCUGAUGCCCAAUCAGCUAUUGAAAAGAGAAAGAGAAGAAACCCUUUAUCUCUGCCAGCAGAAAGAAUUCAUCAUUUGUUAAGGGAGGUCUUGGGUUAUAAAAUUGACCACCAGGUUUCUGUUUACAUAGUAGCAGUAUUAGAAUAUAUUUCUGCAGAUAUUUUAAAAUUGGUGGGGAAUUAUGUAAGAAAUAUACGACAUUAUGAAAUCACAAAACAAGACAUUAAAGUGGCAAUGUGUGCUGAUAAGGUAUUGAUGGAUAUGUUUCAUCAAGAUGUAGAAGACAUAAAUAUUUUAUCUUUAACUGAUGAAGAGCCUUCCACCUCAGGAGAACAAACUUAUUAUGAUUUGGUAAAAGCAUUCAUGGCAGAAAUUCGACAAUAUAUAAGAGAAUUAAAUCUAAUUAUAAAAGUUUUUCGAGAACCCUUUGUCUCUAAUUCUAAAUUGUUUUCAUCUUAUGAUGUAGAAAACAUAUUUAGUCGUAUAGUAGAUAUACAUGAACUUAGUGUAAAGUUACUGGGCCAUAUAGAAGACACUGUAGAAAUGACAGAUGAAGGCAGUCCCCACCCAUUAGUAGGAAGCUGUUUUGAAGACUUAGCAGAGGAACUAGCAUUUGACCCAUAUGAAUCAUAUGCUCGGGAUAUUUUACGACCUGGAUUCCAUGACCGUUUCCUUAGUCAGUUAUCAAAGCCUGGGGCAGCACUUUAUUUGCAGUCAAUAGGCGAGGGCUUCAAAGAAGCUGUCCAGUAUGUCCUGCCCCGGCUGCUGCUCGCUCCCGUGUACCACUGUCUGCAUUACUUUGAGCUUCUGAAGCAGUUAGAAGAAAAGAGUGAAGAUCAAGAAGACAAGGAAUGUGUGAAACAAGCUAUAACAGCCCUGCUUAAUGUCCAGAGCGGCAUGGAAAAAAUAUGUUCCAAAAGUCUUGCGAAACGAAGAUUAAGUGAGUCUGCGUGUCGAUUUUAUAGCCAGCAAAUGAAGGGGAAACAACUAGCAAUCAAGAAAAUGAACGAGAUUCAGAAGAAUAUUGAUGGCUGGGAGGGGAAAGACAUUGGACAGUGUUGCAAUGAGUUCAUAAUGGAAGGAACUCUUACACGUGUAGGAGCCAAACACGAGAGACACAUAUUUCUCUUCGAUGGCUUAAUGAUUUGCUGUAAAUCAAAUCACGGGCAGCCAAGACUUCCUGGUGCUAGCAAUGCAGAAUAUCGUCUUAAAGAAAAGUUCUUUAUGCGAAAGGUACAAAUUAAUGAUAAAGAUGACACCAGUGAAUACAAGCAUGCUUUUGAGAUAAUUCUGAAAGAUGGAAAUAGUGUUAUAUUUUCUGCCAAGUCAGCCGAAGAGAAAAACAACUGGAUGGCAGCACUGAUAUCUUUGCAGUACCGAAGUACCCUGGAGCGAAUGCUUGAUGUGACAAUGCUGCAGGAAGAGAAGGAGGAGCAGAUGAGGCUGCCUAGUGCGGAUGUGUACAGAUUUGCAGAACCAGACUCUGAGGAGAAUAUUCUAUUCGAAGAGAACGUGCAGCCCAAGGCUGGGAUUCCGAUUAUUAAAGCAGGGACAGUGAUUAAGCUGAUCGAGAGGCUUACAUACCACAUGUAUGCAGAUCCCAAUUUUGUUCGGACAUUUCUUACAACAUACAGAUCCUUUUGCAAACCUCAAGAACUACUGAGUCUUAUAAUAGAAAGAUUUGAAAUUCCAGAGCCUGAGCCAACAGAAGCUGAUCGCAUAGCUAUAGAGAAUGGAGAUCAGCCCCUGAGUGCAGAGCUGAAAAGGUUUAGAAAGGAAUAUAUUCAGCCUGUACAGUUGCGAGUGUUAAAUGUGUGUCGGCACUGGGUGGAGCACCACUUUUAUGACUUUGAAAGAGAUGCAGACCUUUUACGAAGAAUGGAGGAAUUCAUUGGAACAGUGAGAGGUAAAGCAAUGAAAAAAUGGGUCGAAUCCAUCACUAAGAUAAUCCAAAGGAAAAAAAUUGCGAGAGACAAUGGCCCAGGUCCUAACAUUACAUUUCAGAGCUCGCCUCCCACAGUUGAGUGGCACAUAAGCAGACCUGGGCACAUAGAGACUUUUGACUUGCUCACCUUACACCCAAUAGAAAUUGCUCGACAACUCACUUUACUUGAAUCAGAUCUAUACCGAGCUGUGCAGCCGUCGGAAUUAGUUGGAAGUGUGUGGACGAAAGAAGAUAAAGAAAUCAAUUCUCCCAACCUCCUGAAAAUGAUACGGCACACUACUAACCUCACUCUGUGGUUUGAAAAAUGCAUUGUAGAAACAGAAAACUUAGAAGAAAGAGUAGCUGUGGUGAGUCGAAUAAUUGAGAUUCUACAAGUCUUUCAAGAGCUGAACAACUUCAAUGGUGUUCUUGAAGUUGUCAGUGCUAUGAACUCAUCCCCUGUUUACAGGCUAGACCAUACAUUUGAGCAAAUACCAAGUAGACAAAAGAAAAUUUUAGAAGAAGCUCAUGAGUUGAGUGAAGAUCACUAUAAGAAAUAUUUGGCAAAACUCAGGUCUAUUAAUCCACCAUGUGUGCCUUUCUUUGGAAUUUAUCUCACUAAUAUCUUGAAAACAGAAGAAGGCAACCCUGAAGUCCUGAAGAGACAUGGGAAAGAGCUCAUCAACUUCAGCAAGAGGAGGAAAGUGGCAGAGAUAACAGGGGAGAUCCAGCAGUACCAAAACCAGCCUUACUGUUUACGGGUUGAGUCAGAUAUCAAAAGAUUCUUUGAAAACUUGAAUCCAAUGGGAAAUAGCAUGGAGAAAGAAUUCACAGACUAUCUUUUCAACAAAUCCCUAGAAAUAGAACCACGGAACCCUAAGCCUCUCCCGAGAUUUCCAAAAAAAUACAGCUAUCCCCUAAAAUCCCCUGGUGUUCGUCCAUCAAAUCCAAGACCAGGAACCAUGCGACAUCCCACACCUCUGCAGCAGGAGCCAAGAAAAAUUAGUUACAGUAGGAUCCCUGAAAGUGAGACCGAAAGCACAGCUUCUGCACCAAAUUCUCCAAGAACGCCACUCACACCUCCUCCUGCCUCUGGUGCUUCCAGUACCACAGAUGUCUGCAGCGUGUUUGAUUCCGACCAUUCAGCAAGCCCUUUUCACUCAAGCGGCGAUACCGUCUUUACCCACGUUACACUGGCCCAUGGCCCAAGAUCUGCUUCAGUCUCAUCUUUAAGUUUAGCCAAAGGCACUGAUGAAAUAAUGCCUGUGCCCCCUCCUGUUCCCCCUCGAAGACGGCCAGAAUCUGCCCCAGCGGAAUCCUCCCCAUCUAAGAUUAUGUCUAAGCACUUGGACAGCCCCCCAGCUAUUCCUCCUAGGCAACCCACAUCAAAAGCUUAUUCACCGAGAUAUUCACUAUCAGAUCGGACCUCUGUGUCAGAGCCUCCUGAGAGCCCUCCCUUGUUACCACCGCGAGAACCUGUGAGGACACCUGAUGUUUUCUCAAGCUCACCAUUGCAUCUCCAACCUCCCCCUUUGGGCAAAAAGAGUGAUCAUGGCAAUGCCUUCUUUCCAAAUAGCCCUUCCCCCUUUACACCACCACCUCCUCAAACCCCUUCUCCUCACGGCACGAGAAGGCAUCUGCCAUCACCACCACUGGCACAGGAAGUGGACCUCCAUCCUAUUGCUGGGCCUCCUGUCCCUCCACGACAAAGCACUUCUCAACUUAUCCCCAAACUUCCUCCAAAAACUUAUAAGAGGGAGCACACACACCCAUCUAUGCACAGAGAUGGACCACCACUAUUGGAGAAUGCCCAUUCUUCCUGACUUCCUCUGUACUGGGGUGUACAGCUUCCUAGCCCCAAAUCCAUUGCUGGCAAUGGAUGCACUGAACAUGCCAGCACUGAGGAGUUCAAAUGAGAACUCCAAACACUAAUGACUCUACUUCAAGAUGUAGUAUAAGACAAUGAAUUUUAACCUACACGUAAUUACAAAAUAAGACGGUAUUCCAGCUAGAAUGUGGAGACUGAUCUAGAGGGAUUGGACAACUGAUUGCACCUGGAAAUCACGUGAAGGGACUUUUCUGGCCAAUAGGCAAGAGUCCUCAUUUUGUGAAGUAAUCUUUAUCAUUAAAGGGAUGGAAAACAGUCUAAUGUCCAACAGGCCCAUAUGUUGACAGUUUUUGUAAUUCAAAAUAUUAUGCACUUUUAAAAAAUCUUAAACAGGGAUCUUCUCCUCCUUUGUUUCCUUUGCUUUACUCUUCUACUUUAGAAUAUUUUCGUAAAAAUUCUUCAGAGGACUGUGAGAAAAGGCUGUGGUACCUGGCCUUGUUGAAAUCAAGGCCCAGCACUGUACUGCAGUCCUGUUUACAGAUUAUUACAGUGAAUUGAAUGGGUACCGAGGCUUCACCAAAGAGGUACUUUUUGUUAUUGUUAUUGUUUUAAGAAUAAUUAUACCAAUUUUAAGAACAUUCCCUACCUACCCCCACUCACAAACAAAAUGUGGUGGUGUUGCCUUCAAACAAGAAAUUUCGUGUCAUUAACGGAAGAAGAACUUUUUAAAAAUGUAACUGUCAAGUAUCCUAUUUACACUUAGGAGACUGUUAAUCUAUGCUAGACUGUCACCCCCUCCCCCUGCCCCACAGGAGUUUACUGGUAACAUAUGUCCUGGCUCGUGGCUGUCCCUCUAAGCAUACUACAGAAAUGCAGGCACCCAAUGUGAAAAGGAGCACUCUGGGCCUCACUGACACCAUUCAUGUUUUACUAAUAGUGAGUAAGUCAGCAUACUUAGAAUUACCUUGCAUUGCCUAAAUCAUGUGUAUAUAGUGAAUGUUAUAUAAUAUACCUGACAGGUCUGUUUUUAUUUAAUUGAAUAAAGAUAAACUACUUUGUUUGGCUGG